AAUGAAACGGUGAACGAACGGGAUCGGGAAUUUCGUUCUCAUCGCCAAAGUGACCAGUAAAAUGCUGCAGGGUAUGUUUAGAUUGGCGUACAGCAAGCAAAAGUUGCUCUGUCGAUACUAUGUCCGCAAAGCGCGAAAUCCCGGCAUCGAUCGACGUGCGGCACUGCUGCCGGAUGACGCAAAACCGGAGGAGUAUGCAGGGCUAGAGGACAGCGAAUCCAACUUCUACGACGUGCACCGAAGCCAUAAGCAGUACGAAGCGGAGCAGGCCCAGUACCGCGACCGGCUGCAGACGUGGAUCGUGGGCAAUAAGUAUUUCAAAUCGAAGCAACUAAACUUUCUCUCCUGGUCGGAGAAGGAACAGAUCCGCUACCUGUACGGGCACGACGCGGACGAGUGGACCAUCGACAGGCUGACCGAAAGCUUUCCGGCCGAUCGCUACACCAUAGCGAAAAUCGUAAAGACCAAGUGGCAGCCGAAGGACGAGAAGCGUAUCGAGCGGCACGAUGCGGUGGUCAAGGAAAACUGGCAGAUGUUUUGCAGUGGCCGCAUCAAGCACAUUGAUCCCGGAUUUGCUCAGCAUUUGAAAAAGUUCGCCCAGCGUAACAUAUUCGACGGUGUGCCACCGAGGACGCCGGUAAAACGCGUGCACGAACUCCGCCCACUGCCCGAGGGACAGUUUAGUGCGAUAAUUACGAGCUGCAAAACGUACCAAACGCGUACAGCGGAAGACAAUGAAUCUCAGCAAAUGCUGCUGGAUGGUAGCGGGCAGCCCGAUGAGAAUGUGGAACAGAUAGAACUAAGUUCGCAUGCUCCCAAACAUGACUCAUUUUUGAUGGGAGACAUUCAAAACACAAAGCUGGUCACGCUUAGUGAAAUGAAGCGACGGAGCGGUCUUCCAACGGCCACCAAUGACGGCGAUGGGAUUGAUUUCCAAGCACCUCUUGCCCUAAAGCCUGGAUUCGUGGAUAAACUGGAGAAAGAUCGUAACGAAUCGGUGAUGCUGACGGAUUCAUCGUACGAGGCACGCAGUGCGAAGAAAGAAGACAUCAAAGAGUUUAUCCAAAUUCCCAAAAAACUUUACAAAAAAGGAGCCACGUAUCAGCUGGAUGACUGUUUUUACGACGACGACGGAGAGUUCCUAUACCGAGUGCCUGGCAUGACUGGACAUAGAAAAACGUGAGUGGCAUGUGAAACGAUCAAUUGCGGGACACAAUAAAGUCAU